UGAGGGAGGCAGUAAUUAUUGUGGCAGGGAGGGAAGGGUGAAGUUGUUCUCCGUGUAUCUGCAUUGCAGCCCGGUGCUGCUGAUGGAAUUCAAACACACAACAAUGGCGACUCCCAGUCCUAACAACUCAACAACACCUAGCAGCCACAACAGCAGCAAUAACGCAGGAUCUGCUGCACACCACCAUCUCCAGUCCCCCCAGCAGCACUUUACAACAAUGAGCAGCAUGCAGGAGUCCAACACCUGCUGGAGAUGUCAGAGUGAAACAGGGUUUCAGAUAAACCUGUCUGGAGCUCCCCCAAGUAAACGCAAAGCUUUGAAGCUGAACUUUGCCAACCCUCCGAUCAAACCCACCACCAGAUUCACACUGAACACGGCCGGGCCGCCCUUCCAGAACCCGCACAUAGAGAGGCUGAGAACACACAGUAUCGAGUCCUCAGGGAAGUUGAAGAUCUCCGCGGAGCAGCACUGGGACUUCACGGCCGAGGAUCUCAAAGACCUGGGCGAGAUCGGACGAGGGGCUUACGGCUCCGUCAACAAGAUGGUGCACAAUCCCAGCAACCAGAUCAUGGCGGUCAAGAGAAUUCGAUCCACAGUUGAUGAGAAGGAGCAGAAGCAGCUGCUGAUGGAUCUGGACGUGGUCGUGAGGAGUAGUGACUGUCCUUACAUCGUGCAGUUUUACGGUGCUCUGUUCAGAGAGGGCGACUGUUGGAUUUGUAUGGAACUUAUGGCUACCUCGUUAGACAAAUUUUACAAAUUUGUAUAUUGCUCAUUAGACGACGUGAUUCCUGAGGAAAUAUUAGGAAAAAUAACAUUAGCUACUGUGAAGGCACUUAACCACUUAAAAGAAAACUUGAAAAUAAUACACAGAGACAUUAAGCCGUCAAACAUCCUCCUGGACAGGAAUGGCAACAUCAAGCUGUGUGACUUCGGCAUCAGCGGUCAGCUGGUGGACUCCAUCGCCAAAACCAGAGAUGCAGGCUGCAGGCCCUACAUGGCUCCCGAGCGAAUAGACCCCAGUGCGUCUAGGCAGGGCUACGACGUCCGCUCAGACGUCUGGAGUUUGGGAAUCGUAUAGUGUACGAGCUGGGCCACAGGCAGUUCCCCUACCCGAAAGUGAACAGUGUGUUUGAUCCAGCUGACCCAGGUGGUGAGGGGGGACCCUACAGCUCUGCAACUCUGAGGAGAGGCCGCUCUCUCCCAAAUUCAUCACCUCCUUUGUCAACGU